AUAAGAAUAUUAUUUGUAAAGCAAAACGCAAACUGAACAUCAGAACUCGUAGAAGAACCUAUUUUGUCAUUUUACUAUUGGAAUUUUAUCAUUUAUUAAAAGUGUUUAAUAAAUAACAAUCAUACUAGAAUCUAGCAAAAGAUUUAACACUCACUUGGGCAAGGAAUUUAAGUGUUUUGUACUUAAACAAUCUUGUUUCGCAAACUCCCACAACACAUAGUAAGCGGUUGGACAGACAGACGGAGAGCCACAAAAACACACUCACAUACACUGCAUACCAUACAAGCAGAGAACUUAAGAAUAAAAUCGAAAACAAUAAGGAACUAAAACUAGAGGAGUCCAACUAGUUUCCAAUUUGUACAAAAACAAAAUAACCAAAUAAAAGGAUUUCAAAAGAGACUUUCAAAGCAAAAAAAAAAAGAAAAACAAAAGUUUUCUAUUAUUUAUUUUGCGGCAAAUAAAAUAAAAACAACUUGUUAAUAACAAUGGAGAAUAAACCAGCAAAACAGUAUGAAACUUCGAAUUCAUCAGCUAAACUAACGCAACAAUCACAUAAACCAAUGCAAGCAAAAAGAGUUGGGCAAUCACCCCAAUCUGAAACGCCACCGAGAAAUGAAAUGAUGUAUGAUCCACCAAGCAUGGAAGCGAAAAUGCCCAGGCCAAGUUAUUUCAAUUCGACUAAACCAUCAUGGCCAGAACAGGUGGACAGCGAUGAUAGUGACAUGGAAACGGACAUUGAUGUUGAAAAAUUGCCACCCCUUGAGGUGGGUCCCCAUGAGAAUCGUCUGCAGCACACAUAUUGGUUGUGGUUCUCACGCAAAGGUGCACAUCGCGCAAUGGAUUAUAGUAAAUCGUUGCGUGUGGUGGGUCGUUGUGCCAGUGUACAACAGUGGUGGUCACUAUACUCGCAUCUGAAACGUCCCACAGCCUUAUCAGUGUACCUGGAAUUGAGUCUAUUCAAACAGGGCAUUAAACCGAUGUGGGAGGAUCCAGCCAAUUCGAAGGGUGGCCAAUGGCUAAUACGUUUGCGUAAAAAUCAAAUUGAUCGUGCGUGGGAAAACGUCUGUAUGGCCAUGUUGGGUGAACAAUUUUUGGUUGGUGACGAAAUAUGCGGUGUAGUGUUAACAACAAAGAUUCAGGAAGGUACAUUAUCAGUCUGGAAUCGCGAUGCCUCUGAUUACUUCAGUACGACACGUAUCCGAGAUACACUACGUAGGAUAUUAAAUAUACCUGUUACCGUGCCAAUGGAGUAUAAGAUACACUGUGAUAGCCUUAAAUAUGUAGCAAUUAAUAAAGGCCCUGCGACAAAAAGCUGAAAUUCAGUGAAUUUGUGUUAAAACAAAAUAUAAAACAAACAAAAACUACAAAACAAUAUCAACCGAUAUAUAAAAAAAUGAUAUUUAUCCCAAAAAAAUAAAUAAAUAAAACAACAACAAUUGUAAAAAAAACACACAAAACACAAAAAGUUACAAUAACAACAAUAAAACAAAUACAAACAAAAAGAA